AUAAUAUGGUAACACAUUGAAAUAAAAUGCCAUUCAAAGUUUGGUCUAGGCAGGGCCGGCCAGGUUGAAAGUUCAGAUGAAAUUGACCGGCAAGUGCUCACUGUCCCUGAUAAGGUUAUCCAUUUCCUUUAAGAGAGAACCAAACAGUAUACAAAUCAAAUGAAACAUGUUGAAUAUUGUCAUUUUUGAAAGCUAUAGGAAUCAGUAACUGAUGGCUAUGGCAAUUGAUCAAGAAAGUUCUGCUAAUGAUCUCACAAUUGUACUGUCUUCAAAGGAAAGAGACUUUCUAAUACGUAGAAACGGCGAACAGGUUAAGAUUAAUAGCUUAAAAGAAAAGAUUGUGGGCUUGUAUUUCUGCGGUUCGUGGUGUGGUCCAUGUCGCCAGUUUACACCAAAGUUGGUGGAAACUUAUGAGGAUAUUUAUCCUAAAGGUGACUCUGAAAUAGUGUUUGUUUCAUCUGAUAAAGAUGAAAAGUCGUUUAUUGAACACUUAGGAAAAAUGCCAUGGCUUGCUGUUCCAUUUUCUGAUGCUGAGGCGCGUAAGAACUUAAAACAGUUGUUCAAAGUAAGGGCAAUUCCACAUCUUGUGUUUCUUGAUGGGACAGGCAAAGUUUUGAGCAACGAGGGCGUUAAAUUUAUCAAACACUUUGGUCCUGAAGCCUAUCCAUUUACAUCAGAAAGAGUUAAUUACUUGAGGUUGGAAGAAGAGAGGGCUAAAGAAAAUCAGUCUUUGACGUCUCUUUUAGUCUAUGGAUCCCGCGAUUUUUUGAUCUCAAAUGAUGGGAACAAGAUUUCUGUGUCUGAACUUGAACGGAAAACAGUUUGCCUAUAUUUUGCAAUGAGUAGUCAUAGAGAGUGCAAGAACUUCACCUUGAAGUUAAAAGAGGUAUACGAAAAUCUUAAAAGAAAGAACUUUGAAAUUGUGCUGAUAUCUCUGGAUGAAAAAUAUGAGGAUUUUAAGGAAAGCUUUGGAAGAAUGCCAUGGUUGGCUUUACCUUUCAAUGAUAAGAACUGUGAGAGGCUGGUUCGGUACUUUGAGCAUAAACUCCGACCACAGCUUGUCAUAAUAAGUCCUGAUGGGAAGACUCUGCAGAAAAAUGCAGUUAAAUUUGUCGAAGAAUAUGGUGAUGAAGCCUUUCCUUUCACACAAGAAAAGCUUGUUACUUUGGCUAAUCUAAAGAAGAAGAAACUCGAAGCACAAACAUUAGAGUCCAUUCUUGUUACUGCAGAUCGAAAUUUUGUCAUUUCAAAUGGUGGUUUAAAGGUUCCUGUGUGCAAUCUAGUAGGGAACAACAUUAUACUGUAUUUUGCAGCAAGUUGGAGUCUCCCAAGUCGAGAAUUUCUACCCAAAUUCGUAACUGCAUACCAAGAAAUCAAGAAGAAAGAUGAAACAUUCGAAGUGAUUUUCAUCUCUAGUGAUCAAGAUGAACCUUCCUUUAAUGACUUCUUUUCAAAUAUGCCUUGGUUAGCACUCCCUUUCGACGAUGAAAGGAAGGCGUUUCUUUCAGGCAGAUUCAACAUUGUUGGCAUUCCAGUGGCCAUAGCCAUAAGUCCUAGUGGCUGCACUGUAAAUACACAAGUAAGGCAUCUGCUAGAGAUGCACGGUGCAGGAGCCUAUCCGUUUACGGAAGAACACAUAAAGAAUUUGCAGCAACAACUCGACAAGAAUACAAUGGGUUGGCCUAAGAAAAGCAGAGAUGAAAUUGAUCACAAUGAGCAUGAACUUGCAUUAAUACACCAGCAAGUGUAUCUUUGCAGUGGGUGCAAGGAGAUGGGGUACGGGUGGUCGUUCUUCUGCAAACAUUGUAAUUAUGGGCUUCAUCCAAAAUGUGCUGCAAAACAAGAUGAGAUGAACUGAAACUAAGUGUUUUAUGAAAACCCCCAAAUUCCCUUUUAAGGGUUAUGGUCACUCAACUGAUAGUUAUUAUCUCAGAAAGUCACCAAUUUCAUUCAACUAAGGGAGUGAUUUUCUGAGAUAAUAACUACUACUAUAUUAUUUUUAGUGACCAUCUCAGAAAUCAACUCCCCAUUUUAGUAACAUAGAUUCACUUUAACCUUAUAUGUGACCUCCAAUUCAUCUUGUGAUUAAACAUCUGGCUUAUAUUCAAAACUGUGAUUUGUGUAAUUUGUAUAAUUUACGUCUGAGCUUCUAAUAAUUAGUGGUUAGUUCAUGAUAAUUAUGUCUUUAUGUACGGCGGUGAAUGGUUCUUCGGAUCGAUUACAGAUUCUCAGCCCUGUCCUUUGAGUUCCACUCUGGUUGGCCUCUCUUGUUUCCAUCUUACAAUGAGAAGAUAGAGAGCAAAAUCUACCUUCUUCACAGAUUACAGAGCUACCGAGCUUCUCUUAAAUCCAAGUAGUUGAAAAACGAGGGUAAAUGAAUGCGUCAAGGCAGCGAACAGGACAACUACAUUUGUUUUUCACAUUUUGUUUUUUUUCCUCCAUGAGAUGACUAAAAGGUGCUAGAUGCACUAAAGUCAAACCGGAUAAAGAAAGCAGUUAUCCUAUGUGUAAACCUUGUUGUAGGAGCAGGCCGGUCUAAGUUU